AGUUUGCUGGUAAAAGUCAAUGAAAUUUACAUAUUAUACAAACCAGUUAUUACGGACUUUAUAUAUAAGCUAAACAUGCAUGAAUUCCAUAUUAAAAGCGCGUUUGAAACGCGUUGCCAUAGAGACCUCAGUAACGACAUGCGGCGCACGCGUGUAUUUUAUUAUAAGUAUGAGCCUUACGCGAAUUUAAAUUUGGUUUAAAUGUCGUUGAUAAACAGAAUUUAUGGCAAAUUUCACGUGACGUUGACAUCACAUAUCUACGUCACACAUAGGUUGAAUAUUCAAAGUUGUUUACAUCAUUCUCAGCUGUAGCACCGCGAAGGUAAAAACGACAGUAGUUAACGUAAUAAAAUCAUGACGUCAGUUGACAACGUUGAACUACGCACGGUGAUUAAAUUUUGUCACUCAUUGGGCUUCACACUGACCAAAACGUUUGAGGAAGUUAAAAAGUCGAAACAAUUCAACUGCUCAAGAUCGUUGGUAUUCAAAUGGCACGACAGAUUUAGAAAGGGACGUGAAUCGGUAGAAGAUGAUGCUCGAAGUGGUAGGCCGGCGCUAGUUAAACAAACCAUGACGGACAAAGUUAGAGACUUGAUUAAAACAGAUAGGCGUUCAACGGUGCGAUCUAUUGCAGAAGAGCUUGGAAUUGGCACUUCAACGGUUUACAGAAUACUAACCGAGGAUUUCAAAAUGCGCAAGGUUAGUGCUCGAUGGGUUCCAAAACUCCUCUCUGAUGAAGAACAAGUGAAACGCCUUAAGUGCUCAGAAGAGUUUUUGAGAAGAUACCGUAAAGAAGGAGAGCGCUUUUUGGACCAUAUCGUCACACUUGAUGAGACGUGGUUUUGGCAUUAUGAUCCGGAGACGAAAGCACAAUCCUCAGUGUGGAAAACAGCAACAAGUCCUCCGCCGAAGAAAGCCCGGGUUAUGAAGUCUGGUGGAAAACAUAUGUUCAUCUUCUUCAUGGAUAGAUGGGGAAUGCUGCUCAUCCACCUGGUGCCCGAUGGUCAGACGAUAAAUGCUACAUAUUAUCUAAAGGUACUUCGCCGGGAUUUAAUGAAUGCUCUAAGGAAAAAGAGACCUACGAUUGAUGCCUCAGCCGUCAUACUACACCACGACAAUGCACCUGCGCAUAGGGCCCAGUCAACGGAACUUGAGAUAGAUGUAAUCGGGUUUCAGCGCCUAAGUCAUCCUCCUUACAGCCCGGAUUAGUCCCCUAUGGACUUCCGCGUCUUCCCGGAAGUUAAAUCACAGUUGCGCGGUAUUCUCUUUGCAAGUAAACAGGAACUUACAGUU